GGGGCGAGAUGCUUUGCCUCUUCCUCACACUUUUUCCGUCCUGGUCGUCCCUCCUAGUACAAGCAAUGAAGACAUGCGUUACAGCCGAUGACUGUGUGGCUCUUUAUCGUAACAGUGAUGAAAACUCUUGGACUUGUCGCAACUCAGUGUGUGUGUGUUACCCAGACCCCUGUGGCAGAAUUCUGAUGGCUGGAACCAUCGUAAUGAAGCCAUGUUAUAGCGAUGAAGAUUGUGAGAUCAACGAGUUUUGCAGUACAAGAAACAAUGCUUGUACUUGUAAAAGUGGUUACGAGUAUGACCACAACAGACAAUGUCUGAAUUUAGAGGACCACCAUUCUUUUUUUGGUUCCAAGUUUGAUCCACCCAGAGAUAUGAUUGUGCCUGGUUUGUUCAUUCUAGGAACAGCAACGUCCAUUUACUUUGGAUUCAAGCUUUAUUGUAAUGACAGAUGGAGAAUGUGGAGGAUGAGGCAGAGACCAAUAUUCCGAGGAAGUGACAUCGAGGCAACUGUCCCUCCCACUACCUGGGUCGCAUCAUACAGAGUGGUAGAUGCAAGGACCAGUCCACUCUACCCUCCCUGUCUACUGCUGCCUCUAGGACCUCCAUCCUACGAGGAGGCACUCAAACACAAGGUGAUCCUCAGCAGUUACCAUCCUCCAGACAGCCUUCCUCAAGUGCCUCUGUGAUGUGGUGACACCUUACACUUCAACACUCUCCACGACAUACAUGGCUGUUAGAGAGAAGUGUCAUUCUUGUCUCUCUACGCUGAUCUGUACGAGGUUGUGCAUCCAACUCUGCUGGUGAAGAUGUCCAGUUCCUGCCAUCUCACUGUGCAGAGUGUGUUAUUCUCAUCCCACACAUUCUUGGGUGAAGAUACCCAGCGAAUGGAGAUUAAAGGUUAAGCUACACUAGACACGAAAAGGAUCUGACUGGAAACGGAUGGAACACAGGGGGCAAAUUCUGGGGCUAGUGCUACACUAGAUGGGACACAGAAUGGAAAAUGCCAGAAAAAAUUUCUUUUGGGAGUAUGGGCGCAAAGGAGUAUGGGUUCUCCUAUCGUGUCACAAUGUACAUAUUUUUGUAUUUUAAAUUUACAUCUUUACGAGUCCAAUUUGGAUACAAUGUUUCUGUUAACCACUUGAGAAUGCCAUAUUCGGCAAAAGGUAUGUAGUAAAUUCAAACACUAUAUUUGAACUGGUGACAAGGUAAGAAAUAGUUUAGUUUAAAAAUGUUGAUUGAAUGCUCCUAACACAAGACUCCACGAGUGUCAUGGCAUUAAUUGUUCAGUUGCAAGUCAUGUCCCGUCUAGUGUGACAGCUUCAAUUUAACAACUCAGAGAGCUUCACCAGAAACUUUCCUGUCAGUUUCCUUUCUGUAUCUUCUAUUGUCUAGUGCAGCCCAAGCUUUA